CUGCGUCCCUCAGCCCUGUGCCUGUUUGUCUUGUAAUCCGCAGACAAGAAAAAAGCAGGCAAAUUCCAGCCUUUUAAGAAGCUCUUCGGCAAGAGGAAGAAAAGAGAGCCCGCAUCCGAUUGCGAGGAAGCCAAACUGAAGCCCAGCCACUCCUUUGGCAACGUCUGCAACGGCACCUUCUCCUCCGAUGAAGAGCCAAACGGCGGUCUGAGGUCCUCCCAUUAUUCUAUGGGCAGUCGAGCUUUCUCCCAUGACAGUAUUUUUAUACCUGAUGGGAGAACAGAGAGUGAACAGGCCAUCCAAGCAAUGUCACAGGAGAACGUUUUAGGAAAAGUCAAAACUCUUCAGCAACAGUUGGCCAAGAAUAUAAAAUUUGGGCAGCCUCCACAAAUGACAAUUUCUGUGAGGACGAUGGGGGAGGCAAACACUAGUAUAGAAGAGGAUGUGUUGCUCAGUAGCCCCAUGGAGAUUGAGACUCAGCAGGACACUGUGAUCUCAGACAGUGGUAAUAAAUCCACUGACACUCCAGAUUUGUUGAGAACAAUGAGUUUGCCUGGAACAGGACAUGAAGCGGAAGAAAAGGUCACUCCAGUCAAAUCAUCGCGGCCAAAAAGACAAUUUUCCUGUUCUGGCACAAUUGAAACAAUCAAUUUGGAUGCAGUUCCCCAGGCUGUUGCUCGUCUAGACAACAGUGCAGCUAAACACAAGCUGUCAGUGAAGCCAAAAAAACAGAGGAUGUCAAGAAAGCACAAGAGAUUGACAAAGGGAUCACAAAGUUUAACGAUAACAGAAUUUGAGCCAGAGGACCUAGAAACUCAGCUGUAUGGCGACAGAUACCCAGGUUAUAAUGGACACAUCAUAGCAGACAAGCUAAUCCAGAACAGAGAUGAGCAGAAGCAGCUUCAGCUGGCAGAGGAGAAAAGAAUUGAAGAUCACUGGGGGAUCUUUGAGGCUGAAAGAAUAAGGCAGAUUGUAGAAAUGGAAGAACAAAGAGAAAUGGAAGAACAAAGAGAAAUGGAAGAACAAAGGUGCCAAGAACUUGAGCAGGUGCAGAAGGAGCAGGAGAGAAGGUGUCGUGAAGAAGAGAGGAGGCAGUAUCUCCUUGAAGGAGAGACAUCUUUGAAAACAGAAGAGCAAACAUGCCAUAAAGAGGAGAGAAGACUGCUGGAGGCUGAAAAGAGGCAAGAGCUGGAAGAGCAGAGUUGGCAGGAACUGGAGAAGCAGACACAGAAGGAGCUGGAGGAGCCACAGGGACAAGAGCUGGAGGAGCAGAAGUGCCAGGAAAAAGAGGAGCAACAGAGACAAGAGCUGGAGGAACAGAAGCACCAGGAAUGGAAGGAGCAACAGAGACAAGAGCUGGAGGAACAGAAGCACCAGGAAUGGAAGGAGCAACAGAGACAAGAGCUGGAGGAACAGAAGCACCAGGAAUGGAAGGAGCAACAGAGACAAGAGCUGGAGGAACAGAAGCACCAGGAAUGGAAGGAGCAACAGAGACAAGAGCUGGAGGAAAUGAAGCACCAGGAACGGGAGGACCAACAGAGACGAGAGCUGGAGGAGCAGAAACACCAGGAAUGGGAAAAGCAGAGAUGUCAGGAGUUGGAGGAGCAGAGGCAUCAGGAAUGGGAAGAGCAGGGGCGCAAGGAGCUUGAGGAGAAACAGAGACGAGAGCUGGAGGAGCAGAAGCGGCUAGAGCUGGAAGAAUUAAGACAACAUGUGAUUGAAAAACAGUGUCAAGAGGAAGAAGAAAGAAGUUGGCUGGAGGGCCAAAAAGAACUCAAGGGAAAAAAUAAGGAAGAAAAACAGAGACAAGAGCUAGAAGGGAAAGAGCUUCAAGAAGCUGAAAUAAAACUGAAGCAGGAGAAAGAAGCUGAGAGCCUCAAACAACAGAAAAAACAGGAGGAACAAAGGCUGCAUUUGAAGGAGAAAGGAGAAAAGACAGAGAAGGAACAACCCCAGCAUGUAAUGGAUAAGACAAAGAAACGGGAAGAGCAGAGAAAACACAAGCUCACAAAACAAAUGCACUUGGAAAGUACAGAAAGUGUGCAACAAGAUGAACUGAAGCAGCAAAAGGAACAAAAUGAACAAGAAUGGAACAAGCUGGAAGAGCAGAGGGUAGACACAGAAGGACAAAAUCUUCAGCAAAACCAACAAGAAAAAUCCUUGGAACAGCAACAGGACAAGGAUCAGUUGUGUUCUGGAGGGGCUGAUAGGCAUCUGCUAGAGGAGAAGCUCCAAGAAGGAUCAAGAUCCCAAAAACUCAAACAGCCAGAAAAAGGGAAUAAAACAGCAGAAGGCGGCCUAGCCCAGAAACUGAAGAGAGAAGUUGAGGCGCAGGAGCAAAAGCGAAUAGGGGAAGAGCUUCGGUGGCAAGAGGUAGAUGAAAGACAAACUGCAUCCAGACCCUUCACAUUUCAAGUGUCUUCUGGAGAUAAACAGAUCAUAUUUCAGAAAGUAAAUCUGAGUCCAGUCAUGCCCAUCAAAGGAGCAGGACUCUCUUCUCCAUCCAUCAAAGACUGCAGGAUGCACACUGCCAGCAAGGGCUCCCAUACACUCCCAUCAUCUGUGUGUGUACCCCAUACAGCUAUUUUGGUUACUGGAGCACAGCUGUGUGGCACAGCAGUUAACUUGAACCAGAUAAAGGACACGGCUUGUAAAUCAUUACUUGGCUUAACAGAAGAGAGAAAAAAUGUGGACAUUCCUUCACCAGAGAAGGCCCAGAAAAAAAACCAGGAUCCCAAGCCCAGCAGCAGUAAAAUGAAAUAUGCACAAGAGACAUCGAACAACCAGGCCGUACUAGCUGAGUGGGCCUCUAUCCGCUCCAGAAUCCUGAAGAACGCAGAAAACAGCAAAUAUGAGAGAGAUCGAGUAAGUGUCUGCAGACACAGUGACGACUGGACACCCCGAGGACGGGGUGCUCCACAUGGCAACUUGAGGAAGACUCUCUCUGCCAAUGCGAAGUUCUCAAUAACACCAGCAUGGCAGAAAUUUUCAGAAGCUUCAAAAACCAAUUCAGAUGCUGAGAAUGUAAGUGUGGCAAAAGGCAAUGAACCAGUGGGAAGAAUCACUGGCUCAUGUGCUGACUCAAAGGAGGAUGAGGCUUCUACUUUUAAGGAUAACUUUGCUGAAAAGGCUAAGGAGAAAAUGGAAACCCAUAGUGAAAUGACAGACAACACAGAAGGCUGUAAAUUUGCAAAAGAUCUUCCAUCUUUCCUUGUUCCAAGUUUUCCUCAUUCUCCAGGUAAAGAAUUACCCCAGGCAGAACUUCCUGGUGCUCAGGAAAAUCAGCAGAAUAACAGCACAAAAAAAGCAGAUAAACCAGCACCAAACGGAGAAGAAAAUGUUUCUCCUUUUGGGAUAAAGUUACGAAGGACAAACUACUCUUUACGUUUCCAUUAUGAUCAACAGGCUGAGCAAAGGAAAAAGAAAAGAUACAGUGCAGGAGAUAGUUUUGAUGGUUUGCCUGACCCACUAGUUACAACAGAAGGUGAGAAAGAGUCCGCUGUUUUUGCUCCGCAAGAGAGUACAUCCUCUGGCAUAGGGAGAGUGAACGUCCUUGGUAAUGUGAAAGACUCAAAAGACUCUUCAAUUACUGUGGUGGAGAUUUCACAACCAGCAGGCACACCAGUGGUCCUACCAGCCACUGGCCAGAGCACUUUACUCCCUCAUGAGAAACCAGCAUGCAAGUCACUGGUCCCACAGAAACCUGCUUUAGCUCCAAAGCCCACCAGCCAGACACCACCAUCGUCUCCUCUCUCUAAAAUGAACAGAUCAAACCUAGCUGAUACACUAGGGCAAAGGUUGGUUAAAGCUGAAUCAGACAGUGGCUGGAGAAAAGAAGACAGAGCAAAUGCAGUGCAGUCCACACCAUCCAAUGAGUACAAAAAUGAAGAGGAAGAAAUCAGAGAAAAGAAGUCAUUUUUCCCAUCUAUAAGUAUUCCAUGGAGAGAAAAAAAUGACAAAAAGCCUGAGCCACUGAAGAAAGAAAAGCCAGUCCUCCAGAGCAGGCACUCUUUAGAUGGCUCUAAAUUGAUGGAGAAAGUUGAAACUUCACAACCACUUUGGAUUACAUUAGCGCUGCAAAAGCAAAAGGGGUUUCGUGAGCAGCAAGCUACGAGGGAAGAGAGGAGACAAGCCAGAGAGGCAAAGCAAGCAGAGAAGCUGGCUAAAGAAAAUGCUGCUGUAAGUAAUCAGCCAGAAAAUAAAAGUAGCAGCAGCAAAACAAGCACACUGCAGAAAUCUACAACUCAAGAAGACGAGAAGAAAAUUGAGACUGCUGUGUCAAGACUAGAAAGAAGGGAGCAGCUAAAAAAGUCAAACACGCUUCCAACUUCUGUGACAGUGGAAAUUUCAGAUUCUGUUCCGUCAACCCCACUUGCAAAGGAGGUGGCCAAGAGAUUCUCUACGCCUGAUGCUAACCCUGUGUCAACAGAACCAGCCUGGCUUGCAUUAGCCAAGAGGAAAGCAAAAGCCUGGAGUGACUGUCCACAGAUCAUAAAGUAAACUGUAAAAUUACAUCUCUAUUGCUGACUAUUAAUUGCUUUCUUUUUAUUUAUUCAGCUUUUUACACAUGACAAAACUGAAAAUGCAUGUAUUGAAGGACUGAAAACUGAACUGAUUACCAUUUUGCUCUAGCUCACUGUAAAGUCUACUGAAGUCAUAUAUUCCAUUGCUUUGACAAAUAGCUAAAUGAGGUCACAGCAAAAAUUUCAGAACCAGACUCUCUCAAAAAUUUAAGAAUGCUCAGAUACUGGAUGUAAAUUUUAGCAAGUAUCAUAAUAAGGGCCAGAACUUCAGUUCAGAAGCUCCUUACAUUCUGCGGGUAUUCGGUUCUGGAAUUUUAGAUCUCUAUACUUAAGUGGAGAUCUCAGAAUUUUUUUUCAACACUCCAUUGUUGAAAAUUAAGGCAAGAUGCAUGUUCCCUUCUCUUAUUCCUGAAUUUUUUUUAAGUGUUAAACUGUAUGAACUGUCAGUUCUACCUGCUAUUUGAAAGCUUCUUCCCUAACGAAGAACUUUGGGAGAUAUCGUUCUACCUGCAAAUGAUAAGUAGAAAGACAGUACCAUCCAAAUGCUGAGGUAAUUUCUUUUA